GUAAGUUUCUCACAGUUAUACGUAAGGUUUAUCUUAAUUACCGAUGCUGACAAAUCUUCAGUCACCGUCCGCAGCUCAUUCCCAAAGAAAGAAAAAAACAUAACCUCGAUUGACGAAUCUAGCGAAAUCAAGAAAAUGAUUAUUCAUAAAACAUUUUCCGUUGGUAUCUAUUUUUAAAACAAAAGUUGUUUGAAACGAUUUUUAAAGAAGUCUGAAAAAAGAAAAACCUUUCAUCACAAAAUACUUUUGAGUUAAUUUAUUGAGUAAAUAAUAAUCAUAAUAAUAGUAUUACAUCCCAGACGCGAACGCGCGAACUGCGUGAGCACUCAAGAUUCGCUAAGGAACGAGGUUCGCCAAAUCCCGCCUUUAUCUAAUUUCGAAAACAACGAUCUACGUGAAAGCAACUUUUUAUUUCCAGGCCCACUCUCAAGCGCUCGUUCGAAUCCAACUUGAACAAAGCGCAAGGAGGUAAGCAAAUUUGCUCGAACGUCUCUAUUUGGCGAACGCACGCCCGCAAGGACCAAACGCCCCAAACUACGGCUAAAGUAGCUGAUCAAAAAAAGGCGCCGCGGCGUGCUGGAAGCUGAACCCUACUACCCGCAUCGUGUAAUAACAGGAACGAGCUCGUCCGCUUCAAGUUAAUUGAAGCGUUCCAGGAUCGAAAGUUUAACCAGGAACUGAGUCAACUACGUUGACAGUACGACACCUUCCAGCGUCACACGUCGUGAGUCAAGAAUGCGAGCUGACCCAGCGUGUUAACUCCCGUACGGACAAGUUCAGACAUGUUCUGACGUGCCGAGCCGCGCUGCCUCCCACUGCGUGAAGCGCGUUGUCUUUCUGCGCGGCCCUCAUUCUCUUGGCGCUCGCCCGACUCGCCUCUUCGGACUGUCCCGCUGUCUGAACAGCCAAUACAUAGCCGCAGAAACUAUGACUUUCAACCCAUCUGACUGGUUCUAUAUACUGAAGGAUGGCCUCUACGAAUGUCUGAAAGAAGUUGGGGCGCCGCGGGGUCCACUGUCCUUGAAACAGAUUCUGGGCCACCUGAAGUCCUACAUACUGGAACGGCAACUCUUUGACCCCAAAGAUCCCAAGAUGGUUUUGUGCGCCAACGACAAGCUUGGCAAGGUCUUUGGAGUGGAGCAGUUUCUAGCCGAGGAAGUGAAUAGCCUUCCCCUAUACAAAAACUUAUUGGCUGUCCCAGCGCAGCUUGUGUAUGCCCAAGAGAAACUGAAGAGAGCGGCGACAGCUGGCCCGAGCGAUGCGGAGGACCCCAAGAGGGCCCGGACGGAAGGGCAAGACGCGGUGACCUCCUCCACCCCGAAGCGGCCGUCCACGCCGCUCGUCUUCUUCAUACCGGGCUCGCCCGAGUAUGACAGCGGCGCCGAGUCCGAACUCAGCAUCCAGGGCCACGAGACAGAUCUGGUGAGAGACUCGACGGACUACCUCUGGGAGUCCGAGGAGGAAGACAACACGAAGGAGGGCGCCGCAGCCGUGGUGGCGGCGGUGGCCUCGCACCUGUCCCGCCUGGCGGGCUCGGACGAUGAGGACUGCCCCUUCGAGGUGGAAUACGAGCUCGAAUCCCACAGCUCUGGAGACGGGAACGCCUACUCCACCGACAGCGACAUCGUGGACUCUGCUCCCGUGGACGUUGUGAUCUGUGUCGAAGAGGACGCAGGCUUCUUUGCCGAUUCCUCCGACUCUUCUCACUCAUCGGACUCGGAGAUUGGCGAGGAGGACCUGUGGGAGUGCCGGCUGUGCGAGACCCAGAACACGCCCCUGCACCGCUACUGCCAGAAGUGCUGGAAGCGGCGCUUUGGCUGGCUGCCCGACCGCCAAGAGAAGCAUCCCCCGCAGAAGCGCCGUUGGAGGCAGCGCAGGGAGAGGAGACACGAAAGGAGAAGCGGGAAGAGCACCUCCUCGCCCAUAGGCAGAGACGACGAGCGGAAGCCGUCCCCCGCAUCGUUGGGCUCCCAGGGGCUUACGGAGCCAAGUACGAGCAGUCAGGAGGAUUGUACUCGGACACAGACGUCCCAGGCGUCUUCACAGGCGUCUACACAAGCGUCUUCACAGGCAUCUUCACAGGCAUCUACACAGGUGUCUACACAGGUGUCUACACAGGUGUCUACACAGGUGUCUACACAGGAGUCUUCACAGGAGUCUCCACAAGAGUCUCCAGAGGCGUCUGUCGGCAGCGAAACUUCUAGUCAGGAGCUGCGGGACCUGCUCGAAGCGGGGCCGAGCGGGGUGUCCCAGGAAGUGGGAAGUGUGCAGGACCCCUGCUCCAUGUGCCUGGUGCGCCCAAGGACCGCCAUCUUGGGGCACGGCAAGACCAGCCACCGCUUCGGCUGCUACAGGUGCAGUCGCAAGCUGCUCCAGCAAAACAAGCGCUGCCCCAUCUGCAGGCGACACAUCGACCGUGUCUACCACUACUUCCAGGACUGACCCCUCUCUCGACCCAAACGACUGCGGGGGUGGGCAGCUAUUCGCCUUCCUUACAAGUGUGUGGGAAUUUUUUCAACUCGCGUCCUCGAAGGACCCAGUCGGGGCACCGGGUCUUACUCGUCAAAAACGGCCAGACAUGCCGAACUAAUGGUACAUUUGAUGCGUGCUAGGACCUUUUCUAGGGAAGACUGAUGGGUGAGGCAAAACAAAUUGUAUACGAAAGAGGAAAAAAAAAAAAAAGCUAUGCAAUUGACGUUUGAGGGAUCAACCGCGAGUAAGCUUGCACCUUAAAAUUAAUCUCUUAAAAACAAUGCUUUUUGCAAUUAGCAAAUUUUUUUAUUAUAUUACUUGGUUGAAGCUUAAGGUAAUUAUGGUGGGUUGCCUCGACAGCAUUCCUAGAUCGACGGGCUGUUCGGGUCAGUGUUCUGCUGGAACAAACUCCAGACCCUGUCCACUUAGCCAGGUUGUUGCUAUUCAGUUUGUUUUUCUCCGUCAUGUCACUUCCCACACGUUAGAUGGCAAGGAGGAAUGGGUGUCUCCCGUUGUGCGAAUCCAGGUUCGGCCUGGCCCGGAAGCCUCGGUGCCCUUCGAGGUGACGAUGCUAGUCAAGAGACAGAUGCCACUUUUUCUCUCUGCGAGCAGUCGGCCGAAUUUAUGAUGGCCUCAUUGACAGUUUCCAAAGGUGACCGCUCAUUUGCAGUUGGAGAGACACUUGUGAACGUGGGGAGGCUAACAGUGUGCAAUACAGACUAUUCACCAUCUUUCGGAGCAUUGCCUAGUCGGAGGCUCAUCACUGGCUUUCAAGUUCAUCGUCAUCCCAGAGCUUUUUGUGUGCAGAGACUUUUGCGGUGUUGUGCAGCUUAAUUAACUGGUUAGCUGCGUGCGACUGGCUCCUCUUACCCUCCUUGUGUUGUUGCUUUUUUCUCUUUUCUUUUUUUAAGUUGCAGGUUAAGAAGUGUCGAGUCCAAAAGGCACUUUAACUUCAAUCUGUUCCUGUCUAUAAUCUCUUUUCUCUAAUUGUGUGCGUGUUGCUGUGGCCGCAUAGUGCAUUUCAUGAUGCCAGACCUCCGCAUCUCUGAACUGUAAAUUCACCUAGGUUAUUCUAUCUAAAUUAAAUAGGUUUUACAGUGUACAGAAAAAAUUCUUCUACAAAAUCUUUUUAGAGACUGCAAAAAAAAAAAAGAAAU